AUGGCAGACCGCGACCAUCCCCAGGACCAGGUGCAGCACCACUCGCUCACCGACCCCGAGAGCUUCUGGGGUCACCAGGCCGAGCAGCUGCACUGGCACAAGAAACCGUCUGCGGUGCUCAAGAGGACUACCAAGAAGCUGGAGCAGAGCGGCGCCGAGCAUGAUCACUGGGAGUGGUUCCCCGACGGCGAGAUAUCGACGUGCUACAACUGCGUCGACCGCCACGUGCUCGCGGGCCGCGGCGAUGACCCGGCCAUCCUGUACGACAGCCCCGUCACGGCCACCAAGGGGCGGCUGACGUACGGCAAGCUGCUCGACGAGGUCGCCACCUUUGCUGCUGUCCUGCGCCAGGAGGGCGUCAACAAGGGCGACGUCGUGCUCGUGUACAUGCCCAUGGUUCCCGCCACCCUGGUCGGUAUCCUGGCCAUCGGCCGGCUCGGCGCGAUCCACGCCGUCGUCUUUGGCGGUUUCGCCCCCGCCGCCCUCGCCCAGCGCAUCGAGGCCUCGCGCCCCGUCGCCAUCCUCACCGCCUCGUGCGGCAUCGACGGCAACAAGCCCCCCGUCGCCUACCGCUCCUACAUCGAGGAAGCCGUCCGCCUCUCGGCCUGGAAGCCCCCGCGCAUCAUCAUCUGGCAGCGCCACGAGCUCUCUUGGCACCCCGUCCGCAAGACGGACGGCGAGCGGAACUGGCAGAACCUGGUCAAGAGCGCCCGCGGCCGCGGCCUGCGCGCCGACUGCGUGCCCGUGAAAUCAACUGAUGGCCUGUACAUCAUCUACACGAGCGGCACGACGGGGCUACCAAAGGGCGUGCUGCGCGAGGCCGGCGGCCACGCCGUCGGGUUGCACCUGUCCGUCUCGUACCUGUUUGGGAUCCACGGGCCCGGGGAUGUCAUGGGCUGCUUCAGUGAUAUCGGCUGGGUGGUGUCGCAUAGCUACACGCUCUACGGGCCGCUGCUGGCCGGGGCGGCGACGGUGCUGUACGAGGGCAAGCCGGUGGCGACGCCGGACGCGGGGGCCUUCUGGCGGCUGGUCGACGAGUACCGCAUCAACGCCGUGUUCACGGCGCCGACGGCCCUGCGCGCCAUCCGCAAGGACGACCCGGACAAUGCGGCCAUCGCCGCCGUCGGCGCCCGCGGCGGCCUGCGCUCCCUGCGCGCCAUCUUCCUCGCCGGCGAGCGCUCCGAGCCCGCCCUCGUCACCAUGUACGCGGGCCUCUUGGCCAAAUACGGCGACCGCGCCGGCGCCCGCGUUAUUGAUAACUGGUGGUCAUCUGAAUCUGGCUCACCUAUCUCGGGCAUUGCCCUCGUGCCCCACGCCGGCAGGGACCGCGCGGCAAACAUCAGAGACGUCCCGCCCCUCGAGAUUAAGCCGGGAAGUGCCGGAAAGGCCAUGCCGGGGUUUGAUGUGCGCACGAUCGACGACGACGGCAACGAGGUGCCGCGCGGCACCAUGGGCAACAUUGUGCUGGGGCUGCCGCUGGCGCCGACGGCGUUCCGCACGCUCUGGGAGGACGAGGAACGCUUCUACCGAGGCUACCUGAAGCGCUUCGGCGGGCGCUGGCUCGACACGGGCGACGCCGGCUGGGUCGACGACAGGGGGUACAUUCACAUCAUGGCGCGGUCUGACGACCUCAUUAACGUAGCCGCCCAUCGGCUCAGCACUGGCGCGCUCGAGCAGGCCAUCACCAGCCACCCGCGCGUGACGGAAGCGUGCGUAGUAGGCAUCCCAGACGAUCUCAAGGGCCAGCUGCCGUUUGCCUUUGUCGCCACCACCACCGACCCCACCGACACCGCCGAAAACAACAACCAACUGCUCGCCGAGAUCCAAACCCUAGUCCGAACACAGGUCGGCCCUAUCGCGACGCUGGGUGGUGUUAUCUACGGGCGCGGCAUGAUCCCCAAGACGCGGUCGGGCAAGACGCUGCGGCGCGUGCUGCGCGACCUGCUGGAGAACGCCGUGCACGGCGAGCUGGAAACCAAAACCGUGGCCGUGCCGUCGACCGUCGAGGACGCGGCCGUCGUCGAUGUUGCGAGGGACAAGAUUCGCGAGUAUUUUGCUGUGCACGGCGCGGCGCGGCACCGCGCCAUUGACGCGCGGGCUAAGCUCUGA